UGUGUGUUUUAUCAGGCUGCCCGUCUCAAAACAAUUCUUGAGCAGAGGAACAAGAUGAUAAAGGAAGGGAAGUACACGCCGCCCGAUUACCAUAAGGGCAAAGAGGAGCCCAGGCCUUGAUUUGCUGGGGACACGCAGAGCACCUAACCAUCCAUCGUUUGUAGAAGCGUGGAAGUUAAACUCCUGUGGAAAAGAUAGCAACUGGCACAACCAGUGUAUGCUGGCUCUCGCUGUCCUGUGAGCCUGUGAUGUUGGGGUGGGGGCGAAGUCUGUGUGAAGGCCUCGCCCCUGCUGAAGGGGCUGUGUCAGUGGCUAUCACUUCGGCUAGUAAAUGUCUGCUGGAAAGCUGU